GGUCUGCAUUCCACCGCUGCGGGCUCUGUCCCCAACUUGACACCGUUUCACCUCUCACUGCUCACAACUCAUACCUCAAAAACAGCUCAGUCAUUGAGCCGGGGGGUUACACUGAGCCCUUUCCCUCAGUAGCCCUGUAUCGCUUCAAAAAAUUUCACAACCAAAGCGACAGCAGUGGCAUAAACCAUGCCGGCGCCCAUCGUAACCGCGACCGUGCAAACGGCCGUCAUCAGCGCCGUCUCCAACAUCAUCGCACAAGCCAUCUCGGCCCGCCAAACCAAUACCCCUCUAACGCUCGACCCCCUGCCCAUCUUCCAAUACACCCUCUUCGCCCUGCUCUCCACGCCGCCCAACUUCCUCUGGCAGGAACUGCUCGAGUCGUCCUUCCCAGCCUACCACCAGCCCAAGCCCCAGCCCAUUACCACCACCACCACCACCACCACCACCAUCGACGCCGUCGAGGCCAAGCCGGUCGAGCCGGCGGCGCCCCCGGCGGCGCCGCCCCGCCUCAACGUGCGCCACACGCUGCUCAAGACCGCGCUGGACCAGACGGUCGGCGCCGCCGUGAACACCCUGCUCUUCAGCCUGUUCAUGCACGCCAUCCGGCAGGGGAUGGGCCACCACUACCGCGGAGCCGGCGGUAAUGGGGAGGCGGUGGUGGGCUGGGCGGCGCUGCUGGGUGGCGGGGACGUGGUGCGGCUCGGCGCGGUCAGCUGGCCGGUCGUGUGGGCGCGCGCGCGCGGCGAGUUCUGGGACCUGAUCCGCGCCGGGUGGCGGUUUUGGCCGCUCGUGAGUUUGGUGAAUUACGUGUUUUUGACGAGUGUCGGGGCGCGCAGCUUGGCGGGCGCCCUCGCCGGGCUGGCGUGGGGGGUGUAUAUCAGUCUGUAUACUGGAAAGUGAGCGGGCGGGGGUACUGGCCUGGGGUUGAGUGAGGGUGGGGGGAAUGUUGCUCUGUGACGGCAUACAGAUUCCGGCCGGUGGGUGGUGCGGAUAGAUGAGUUACGCGGUGGUAUCGAAAAGCAUACAGGGUUGUUUAUUCCAGG